AUGCCAGAGACAUUCGAUGUAGAGCAUGUUCUAGCGAACAUCAGCGAGCAGGACAAGAUCGCCCUUUUAUCAGGAACGGAUUUCUGGCACACGCAUCCCAUCCCCGAAUUCAACGUCCCUUCGAUUCGCGCCACCGACGGCCCCAAUGGUAUCCGGGGCACAAAAUUCUUCGCCGGCAUCCCCGCUGCAUGUUUGCCCUGUGGCACAGCUCUGGGCGCCACCUGGGACCGAGAUCUGGUAAACCAAGCGGGGAAGCUGUUGGGCGACGAGUGCAUCGCCAAAGGCGCGCAUUGUUGGCUAGGCCCAACAAUCAACAUGCAGCGCGCUCCCAUCGGUGGUCGCGGGUUCGAAUCGUUUGCGGAAGACCCGCAUCUCUCGGGCAUUUUGGCCAAAUCAAUCAUCGUGGGAUGCGAAAGCAAAGGGAUCAUCUCGGCGGUAAAGCAUUUCGUGGGCAACGACCAGGAACAUGAGCGACGGGCGGUGGAUGUCCUCGUCACCCAGCGUGCCUUGCGCGAGAUCUACCUUCGACCCUUCCAGAUUGUGGCGAGAGAUGCAAGGCCCGGCGCGCUCAUGACCUCGUAUAAUAAGAUCAAUGGGAAGCAUGUGGUGGAAGAUGCGCGCAUGCUCAAUCUGAUCCGCGAGGAGUGGAAGUGGAAUCCACUGGUCAUGAGCGACUGGUUAGGGACCUACACAACCAUUGACUCGAUGAAUGCUGGCCUUGAUCUGGAAAUGCCCGGACCAUCCAGAUACCGGGGAAAAUUCAUCGAGUCCGCCGUGCAGGCUCGACUGAUCAAACAAUCGACUAUCGAUGCACGAGCGCGAAGAGUGUUGGAGUUCGUCAAGCAAGCGAGUCAGGUCCAAGUGUCAGAAGUGGAGCGAGGACGGGAUUUCCCAGAGGAUAGAGCGUUGAAUCGCAAGAUCUGUGCGAACAGCAUGGUCCUCCUCAAGAAUGAGGGCAUCUUGCCCCUUCCGAGGGAGAUCAAGAAAAUCGCCCUGAUUGGAUCUCAUAUGAAGACGCCCGCAAUAUCUGGGGGUGGUAGUGCGUCGCUUGAGCCAUACUACUCAGUCUCAUUAUACGACGCGUGCAGGGAAGCAUUUCCCAACGCUGAGAUACUCUACGAGGCGGGCGCAUAUGCCCACAGGAUGCUCCCUGUGAUUGAGCGUCUGCUGAACAAUGCUGUCAUUCACUUCUACAACGAGCCGAUGGGCAAGGAACGAUCUUUGAUCAGCACUGAGCCUGUCUCGACGACAGCUUUCCAGUUCAUGGACUACUACGCCCCCGGCCUCAACCGAGGACUCUUCUGGGCCACACUGAUCGGCGACUUCACGCCCGACGCCUCCGGUCUCUGGGACUUUGGCCUGAGUGUCUUUGGUACCGCGAAUCUCUACAUUGACGACGAGCUCGUAAUCGAUAACACCACGAAUCAGACGCGUGGGACGGCAUUCUUCGGCAAAGGCACCAUUGAGGAGCUGGGAUCGAAGGAAUUAGUGGCCGGGACUACAUACAAAAUUCGCAUCGAGUUCGGGUCUGCCAACACUACCACAAUGAAAACGGUGGGAAUGGUCAAUUUCGGUGGCGGCGCCGCCAAUCUGGGUGCCUGUCUACGGAUGAACCGAGAUGAGAUGAUCGAGAAUGCCGUGAAAGCUGCUACUGAGGCCGACUACACCAUUCUCUGCACCGGACUCAACAGGGACUGGGAAUCUGAAGGAUUCGAUCGCACGCAUAUGGAUCUGCCACCGGGAGUUGACCGGCUGAUCUGGAAGGUGUUGGAGGCUGCCGCGGACAAGACCGUCAUAGUGAAUCAGUCCGGUACCCCAGUUACCAUGCCGUGGGUGGAUCAGGCUCAGUGCAUCGUGCAGGCCUGGUACGGAGGUAACGAGAUUGGUCAUGGAAUUGCUGAUAUCCUCAUCGGAGAGGUCAAUCCAUGCGCAAAGCUGCCCUUAUCCUGGCCGGUAGAUGUCAAGCACAAUCCGGCCUACCUGAACUUCGCCAGUGUAGGUGGCCGAGUGCUGUACGGCGAGGACAUCUAUGCGGGUUAUCGAUUCUACGAGAAGACUGGACGAGAAGUCCUCUUUCCAUUUGGUCACGGCUUGUCAUAUACGACCUUCCAGGUCUCACCGAGUGUUACCGUCGCCCCGGAGAUCUUCACCAUGGACAGUCCUCCAGUCGCCACUGUACAAAUCAGAAAUACAGGCAAAUUGGCGGGCGCUCAGGUUCUCCAACUCUACAUUUCUGCCCCCGAAUCCCCAACCGCGCGUCCAAUCAAGGAACUGCACGGUUUCGAAAAAGUGUUCCUGCAGCCUGGGGAGGAAAAAACAAUUGACAUUCAGCUGGACCGAUAUGCGACCAGCUUCUGGGACGAGAUUGAGGACAUGUGGAAGAUCGAGGGAGGGACGUAUGAAGUGCUGAUUGGAACCUCUAGUCAGGAAGUGAGCCCCACCAACAACAUGGACCCUUCGUCGACUGCGCGACGGAAGAAUACUCGGGUGCUCACCGCAUGCGACGCCUGCCGUAUAAGCAAGACUCGAUGCGACUCCGCACGGCCAGUGUGUGCCAAAUGUGUCCAGCGGGGUGUAACUUGCGAGUAUCCGGAGACGGAUGCCCUCUCAGUACUAGAUACAUGGGGCGCAAAAAUCCUAGAGGCAGUAGAACGUCAAGAGCGUCUUCUAUCAGAAAGCCUCUCUAUGAAUAGGGGGCAUCCUCCUCAGGCUCCUCUUUUCUCGCAGCAGGCGUCGCCAUCCCCAGUGGACGAAGUAGAUCCCGAAUCAAUCUCGCGAAACGAUGCACUCAAAACGCCGAUCACCGGGUCCGACAUGAUUCUCAGCUGGCCGAUUUUCCCGCAAGAUAGGCCCGUGUCGACAUUUCCAAUGGCAGCGUAUUCCGAGAAGCCAGAUCAGUUUCAGCCAGGCCUACCCCGUCUAGACCCCCAAAGGCUCCUCGAACUGCGCGACAUAUUCAUGACCAAAAUCUGGACCAAGAACCCGAUCGUUGACCCGGAGCAGCUGGACUUUUAUAUCGCCCAAGUGCUGGAAAACGGCAUUGACUGGUGCGCCUCGUCAUGCUUGGUGCUGCUCAUCUUUGCGCUUGCGGCUAUCUGGGGGAAUUACCCCGACGAGGAAGCUCGCGAGGUCUCGUACAAUGAGCCAUCAUUCAGUCCACCGGUCACUUACGUGACCAUGUCCGUUCCAGAGCACCGAAUGAAGGAAUCUUUGACCUUCCUCUCCAUGGCGCGUAAGCGCAUCUCUACUGCGCACCUUGACGAUUCCUUACUGGGAGUGCAAUGUCUCUGUAUAUUCGGAAUUUGGUAUCAGUAUAAUAUGGAGCCGAUUCCAGGAUGGAAAAUGUUCCGGACAGCAUCCAUGCUAUGGCAGACGUAUCGCCUGAAACACCGCGAGGGAAAGACAAUCAGGAGUGCGCAGGAAGAGAGCCUGGAGCAGCGACUCUACUGGACAUGCCUGAAAUCCGAAUGUGAGGUUCGAUACGAACUGACAGAUCUCCCGCCCUGCGAUCUCAGCCUCUCCGACUUUCCUUACUCUCUCCCGAGCUUCCCCACGCGACAACCAUCCCAUGACAGUCCUGGAUGGAUGUCCAGUCCCUCCUCGACAGACCUCGAAGCAUCGUCUUCCUACUACUAUCUAGCCGAGAUAUUCCUGCGCCGGCUUCUCAACCGGGCCCGCAAUGCAGUCCGCGUUCUCUCCCCAGACAUCGAUCUGCCGAGCAUCAAGAAUCUAGCAGAAACCCUGACGCAGCUGGAAGGUCAACUACAGCAAUGGGUGGACUGUCUCCCGCCUGCCCUCCAGUUCAACAUGCCCCUCGAAUCAGCCCCAGCACCGAAGGAGGCCGAACUCAUGAAGCUAAGCCGUGAGCGAUAUGUCGAGGUACGCGAGCUGCUCUGUCGCGCAUAUCUAUACCUGUGUAUCCAUGUCCCACUGGACCCAGGGAUGGCGGCGUCGUAUGGGGUCAAAGCGAGCGAGGCGCUCCAGUUGGCGAUUUACCGUAUCCAGACCGAGGUGCCAUUCUUCCGGCAUCCGGGGUCAUGGGGAGCUUGUCGGGUCCGAUUUAACCAUGCGCUUUGUCUGAUUGCGGGAUUCCGGGCAAAGAUUACGCAACGCCCCUCGACUGAACAUGUGAGCAUUCCACCUAACUGGGCGGACUGUGUACGGGUGGUCAUUGAGCGUCUGAAGAUUUGGGGUGAAGAGGGCGGCGGGAUCAAGGAGUUGAGUGUGCUUUUGGAGUGGCUGGUGCAUGACAGUAUGGAAUUGUAG